AUGAGACCUCCCGGCGGAAGCAGCAACGUUCGUCGGCAACCGAAAGAGUCGGCCUACUUACCACCAACUCCACUAAACAGCCACCGUGACUCUGACGUGAGUUUAGCCAGUAGCCGUCCAUCCUCCGUCGGAAUCCAUUCUCUCGACGUUUACAAAGACCGUUCGUACCAACAGAACGCAACCGCAACCAUCAAUUCAUUCCUGGCCUCUCAGGAUUUGAAUGUCUCUUUCAAACCUUUUUCCUCUCCUUCCGCUAAACACAUUCACCAAACCCUAAUCUUCCUCGUCGGGCUCCUCGAUUUCAAUAUAAACAAAAUAGAAGAUCUUCCGCCACUUCUCAAAUUCAUGAAUUACCCUCACAAACUCAAUAAAUCUGUUCUCAAAUCCCCCGCUGCACCUCAUCAAUGGCCUUCCAUUCUCGCCCUCAUUCAUUGGCUUGUUCAGUCUUGUCAAAUUCAUCUCUCUUUUUCUUCUCCCUCCCACACCACCACCCUCCAAACCAACAACAUCGUCUUCCAGUAUUCUCUCAACGCUUAUCUAAAUUUCAUUAGAGGUGACGAUGAAGCCAUCUCCGAACUCGACCACGAAAUCCGCACCAGGAUUCUCCGUGAGAAGUCUAACGCUGACAACACCCUUGCUGCCGCUGAACAAAAGGUCUCUGAAUUGGAGGCUCAAUUGGAGGGAUUGAGGUCUGCUCCUUCUCAGAAGGAUUUACUCGACAAAGAGAAGGAAAUGCUUCAAGGAGAUGUCAUUAAGUUUCACAAGAUUAUUGACGAGUUUGGGUUGCGGAUUGAGUCGAAAGAGAGGGAUUUGGUGGAGAAGGAGAAACAGUUGCAGGCUAAGGUCGUGGAGAGCGACAACAUAUGUCAAGAGAAUAAAAUGCUAAAGAAGAAGGUGGAGUCACAGCCUUUCAAUACCAGGGAUGUUGAGAGGAUGAAAAGAGAGUUGCAGGCUGCUGAGAGGGAUGCUGGAGAGGCUGAACUUGCUAGGAAUGAUUGGGAGGAAAAGUGUUGGGAGCUUGACCGUACUCUCGCAAAUAACAUCAGAGACUUAGAACCUAUCACCAGGGAUUGUAACCAAGCCCUUAAGAGGUUCUUUUCUUUUACUCUUGAUAUUGAUAAGAAGGAUGUUUCUCUUAGCAAAUUCAAGGGGAAGGUUCUCUUGAUUGUCAAUGUUGCUUCACGAUGUGGCUUGACAUCAUCAAAUUACACAGAACUCUCGCACUUGUAUGAAAAUUUUAAAGAUAGAGGUAGCUUCAAGAUUAAAGGUGAAGCAGCAGCUGCAAGAACUGCCUCUCAAUCUACUGUCACAGUAGACAUACCUUCAACCAAAGUAGAAGCAGCAGCCUCGGCCCCAGACAUUAAUGUUAAAGAAGAAGUGGAAGUAAAGAAUGAACCAAAAAAAUCCGCUUUUGUAGAUGUGUCUCCAGAAGAAACUGUGCAGAAGAAUGCUUUUGAAAGAUUUAAAGAUGUUGAUGAAUCAAGUUCAUUCAAGGAAGCCCGUGCUCUAGCUGAAGCUUCUCAAAAUGGAGCUCCUUUUAACCAAGGUUUUGGCAAUUCACCCGGGUCUCUAUCUGCACGUAAGUAA